UGCAAAGCACUUUUGCAACGACGACGCAUAGCGAGAGCGAGCGACACCGCGCAACGAACUGCAACUCUGCAUUCUUCUGCAAGCAGCAACACGAUCGGUCGACGACACGACUGGUGCCGGCCGUCGUCACAGGGGUGGCGUGAGAAUUGAAUUUGAAGCAGCCCGGCCGUCUUAGCUAGAAGCAGCAGCAGCAGCAGAUGGAUCGAUCAUCGAUGGGGCUGAUGAGCCUGAUGGCGACGAUCACGCUGCUGGCGACGGCGGCGGUGCCGCUGGCGUCGGGGCAGCAGCAGCCGGCGGGGGCGGCGUCGUGCACGGCGUCGCUGCUCACCAGCUUCACCCCGUGCUUCAGCUUCCUGACCAGCAGCGGCGGCGGCAGCAACGGGUCCGCGCCGCCGACUCGGGAAUGCUGCCGGUCGCUGGCGGCGCUGGUGAACGCCAGCACGGGGUGCGCGUGCCUCGUCCUCACGGGCGCCGUGCCGCUGCCGGCGCUGGGCGGCGGCGUCCCCGUCAACCGCACGCUCGCCGUGUCGCUGCCCAAGGCCUGCGACUCCAUGUCCGUCCCACUGCAGUGCCGAGACACGUCGUCGGCUCAGAGCCCGGCUGCAGGCCCCGUCGCAGACACGCCCUCCACGCCCGCGUCGACGACGACGACGCAAGGAGCUCCGGCGCCGCCUACUACCGUGGAUCCCACGGCGACGGCACCGGUGAGCCAGGGGCAGACGAGGCAGAUGGUGCUGCCCAGCUCUGCCCGGAGAACAACAACCAGCGCCCACGUCGCCGCGGCGCCGGCGCUGGCGCUGCUGCUGCUCGCCGUUGCGGCCGCGCUGGUGUGAUCGCGCGCGCGGCGGUGUGUGUGUGACCUAGGUAGCUGCCGCAUUGAAAGAUUUUAAUUGAUUUGGUGGAGUGUGUACGUGUUUUUGUGCAGUGGUGUGCUUGAUUGUUUGCCCCGAGACUGUGCAGCUAGUGGUUCAAAGAUUUGUACUGGCACUGUAGUAUAUGCAUUUGUUUGCGAUUGAACGCACUAGUGUAUGUGUAAAUUUUAUAUAUAGUGCAUUCUUUUCAGCUGGCUU